GAAAAGAGUUGAGUAACCCCGCUCCUCAGUGAAGAGAGUUGAGCCCUGAGCGACACCAGCCACCGCUUACCAGCCCUGAGUCGACCCCGGCGCUGUGCAAGUGAACACUUCAAGCUAAAACAAGUUCCACUUCUGAGCACUAUGUCCGAUUCAGAAUUUGAAGUUAUUCCGAAGCAGGGAUCUACAAAGAAGACUCCUGCUGCACGCCAAAUGAAGCGUUCGCGAGCCCCUCCGUCGAUUUCGUCGAUUGACCAGGAGAAUACAAAGAAGAAAGCAAAGACACACGACAUCUUCGGGCUAAGUCACGGGCGCACGGUCGGCAAUGAAGGAAGCGACAAGAGGAUCGUAUCGUACUUCGUGAACAAGGUGGCGAACGGGUCAGAGCGGCGUACAACUAGUUUGGAUGGCGAAUACGUGGUGGACUUGAAGAUAUACCAUGCCAACGACGUGAACAACACUGAUUCAAGAGAAGUCUGGCGCAAGGCUCUUCUACGAAUCAAGCUGCAGACUCCGGAUGACAGCGAUGAGUGGAAGUUGUUACAGAAGCUAGUUACACGAAUUGACAAAAACUUUGAAGAUGAACCACGAUUUUACUCUGACAAACAUGUAGAUUGAACACGAUUGAACAAAUAAAAGCAUUACUCCUUACCUACCUUAUUUUCUUUAAUUACGCCUAACAUCAAUACUUACACACUCGUACCUACCAAAAACUCGUAAAUAAAAAUUUUCUGAUACUUAAGUACUUCAAAUUAACAUUGAAUCACUUUGAUUAGUUACUUUGAUCACUUUGAUUACAAACGCAGAUUCGAUUCUUAUUCAAAGAU